AUUAAUUUAUAUUAGUGUAACACAACAAAAUUUUUUGGAAAUGAACAACUUUUGUAAUGCAGUGGUGUUGUUUUUAGUUAUCACGUUCACGGGCUUGCUUUCGUGUACCCACUCCAACAAUGAUCAAGAGAUCGCGAUGGUUGUUGACCACGAUAAUCUAUCGACACAACAUGAGUUGGAUCAGAAGAUAAGUAAGGCCGACAAUCGUGAAGUUCAAACUCGGCGACUCAAGUUGGAAAAUGGGAAAUUAUUGACGCUUUUGCGGCCGAAUGGGAGAGAAAAUUGUGUUGGCAUUGACCAGAAAUGUUGGUUUGACGAGGAUUGCUGCGUUGGCUUAUAUUGUAGUAGCGAAACAAUAGGUAGCGGAACAUGCCAGCAGCCUGAGCCUGAGCCUGAGCCAGAACCUGAGCCUGAGCCUGAGCCUAAACCCGAACCUGAGCCAGAGCCAGAGCCAGAGCCAGAGCCAGAACCUGAGCCUGAGCCAGAGCCUGAGCCAGAGCCAGAGCCAGAGCCUGAGCCUGAGCCUGAGCCUGAGCCUGAGCCUGAGCCUGAACCCGAACCCGAACCUGAGCCUGAGCCUGAACCAAGUCCAAGUGGUUGUAUUGGCGUUGGCCAGUCAUGUGGAGCGCUUCUCCGUUGCUGUGAUGGCUUAUACUGUGAUUAUGGGUUUGUACCUCUUAUCGGAAAAUGCAAAGCCAAUAAGGUCCUUGCCAGUUUGCAAUGAAGGAUUACAUUGUGAAUUAAGUUCCUGCUCAGAUACGGCAUUUCCAUGUUGUUCUGGUAUUUGUGUUAGUGAACCAUGGAUUGGUGGUGGCGGCUACAUAUAUAUGCUUAUAAAAGAUGUCUUUGUACGUCUAAUAAUGCUACGAUGUGCAUGUCCUUAUCCUUAAUAAUUCAAAUAAACAAUGUUUUAAAUAUA